UUGAAAGCGUCUCUAGCACUGAGAGCAGCAGCUGCAGUCUCACAGACAUUUUUAAACUCUACAAAAAUGAGUGAAUCACUGGUUGUCUGUGACGUGGACGAAGAUCUGGUUAAAAAGCUGAGGGACUUUCGGUUCCGGAAAGAGACCAACAAUGCGGCCAUCGUCAUGAAGAUUGAUAAGGACAAGCAGCUGGUGAUUCUGGAUGAAGAGCAUGAGGACAUUUCUCCUGACGAGCUGAAGGACGAGCUCCCAGAGAGGCAGCCCAGAUUCAUCGUCUACAGCUAUAAGUACCAACACGAUGACGGCCGCGUGUCUUAUCCCCUCUGCUUCAUCUUCUCCAGUCCUGCUGGCUGCAGACCCGAGCAGCAGAUGAUGUACGCGGGGAGCAAAAACAAGCUGGUGCAUACUGUUGAGCUGACCAAGGUGUUUGAGGUGAGAAACACGGAGGACCUCACAGAGGAAUGGCUCAGAGAGAAACUUGGAUUCUUCCGCUAACGUCACGGCCUCAUCCCCGCCAAGUCCGGGACGUGAGGAGGGUCCGGAUCGCACAACGCGUGACUUCUCUCAGAGAAGGAUCGCGCCACAGUUAACGUUUCCCUCCUCUGUCUGCGUCAGACCUGAUUUAAAUAGUGUUUGCUUGUGCUCAGUUUCAGCCCUGCUCUCUGGACUCUGAGGCACGUCACAUUUCAGUGCGUGCCAGAAGAUCCAGACAGCCACAGGAGUUUGGUUUUUAUCCCUGUGACUGUCGGCUGAAAUCCCAUCUGGCAGCCUGAAACUGAAAGCACUAUUUGAUGCAGGUCUGCUCGUGUUUCCCCUCAUACAAUCUCUCCAUGUGCCAGUUGUGUGUCUGUAUUGAAUUAACACUCCCGUAGCUCUUGAAGUGAACAGAAAUGGAUGGAAUGGUGUCCGCUCGACAGCAGCACGGCCAUUCAGGAGAACUUAAAGGCAUCGUAACAAGGGUCUCUGUCUCCUUCAGACGUUUACACUCAGCGUUUGAUGCAACUCUUAACCUCCUAAAGUUUCCUUCUUCAUGUUUAUUAACUUCAAUCAUUUGAGGGAGUCCCAUUUUUUAGAUUGUUUUUAGCUUUAUCUGGUGUUUUUAGCUUUAGGAAAAGACAUACUUUAAAUUUCUUUUUUUAUGUGGGAAAAAAAAUUCCAGAGAACAAUACUUCAUUGUAUUUGUAGAGUCUCUCCUUCAUUCAGGGGCAUUUAAAUAGUGAUUUACUUACCAUACUCGGUACAGUCUUCAUGAAUUAACACUAAUACUUACAUAUGAUGGGUCGCACACCAACAAGAGGGCAGAUGCCACUGAGUGCUGUUUCACAUGCUGCAGAUUUCACCUGUCGCCGGAUCUUCUCAAUCUGUUUGGGGGAAAAAACAGCGUGCGUGAAUCAUGGGUAAUGCCUUCAACGUGCGUUUCUCGCUAGUGAGGAUAAAACACUCCAAGAAACAUUCCAGACGCUGAAACACAAAACCUCUGUUUCUACUGACAACACUGCACACAGGGUGGCAUCACCUGCACUCUCUCUCACCUGCGGAGUGACUGUGUCUUUUGGGAGAUUGUUCGCUUUUAUUGUGCAUUAUAGCUCCAACAGUUAUUCGUGUUAUUGAAUGUUGUGCUUCAUUCUGAUGUAGAGCCACUUUGAUUCUGUUUCGGUGGUCGCAGCCUUGAGAAUGGCAGCUGUGAUUCCUCCAAGUGACGCCACUUGUGCUUCAUAUUCAGACGCGAUGGGCAACGGACAGCAUUGAGGCAAAUCUCAUUUUCCAUACAGAGCAGGGUUCAACCGGUGUAUCGUCCUGAAGGCUGAUGUUGUGGCUGGCUGUUUUCUGUCACAUUGGCUUUGACUGGAUAUGUUUUUGCAACAAAAUGUGCAACCGGUAUUGUCUAAAGAAAAAAAAUAAAACCAAAAAAAACCCUUUUUCGAAAUACUUAACUGUAGGUAUUUGGCUGAUUUCAUUCGGCUAUAAGACAGCUUUAACUUGUUCCCUGCUGGAAAUCCUCUGAGACUGCAUUUAAAUUAAUGCAGCACACUUAAAUUGGAAACCAGUUGUUAAUACUUUAGGGAUUAGCGGCUCUUAACAGCAGGGUGACCAGACCCAGAUAGUUUAAACAACUCUGUUUACUCGAAGUCAGCAUGUGAAAGUGAAUGUAUUGCAGACGCUGCAGGCUGGUUUCAUGUGAGAGAUCUUUAAAAUUCCUAAUAAAGGCUUGAUUUCAGCUCGGUACAUUGGUUUGACCCUAAUGGGGAAAAAAAAAAAAAAAAGGUUAGCACAAAUGAAUUCCACACGCUGUCUCAUCAGUGUCUUCUCUUACUCAGAAAGUCUUCUUUUUCAAAGGGAUGGUGGAGAUUUAUACGAUGUAGAAAAAUCUCCACCUGACAUACUGUUAAGUCUACCUUACCAAUGCCUUUAUUAAAAUCAUAUUUAUGUCUGUUUAAAAAAAGUAAUUGGGCCAAAAUAAAAACACAACAUACAAAUACAGUUUUUGACAACUCUUUCUUUUUACUUUCUGAUCUUGAAAGUGUGAGAAAUGUCUUUUUGUUUCUUGAAAGUAUAAUCCUGGUUAUGAUAAACAGUAGAAACUAAUUUCCCAGUGAUGAAACUGAAAGAUAUGUACGCACAAUCAUUUGUUGAUGUCAGAUAUAAGAUGAUUACUUGCAUGUCAGGACAGGAACCAUUUUAUUAUUUUUUUUCAUCAUGUCUACUGAUCACAGUAAACCUAAUAUUUACAUUGUCAGGUUGAUAUCAGUCAGUAUUAAGCUGCUGUAGCACAGAGACACAAAUCCAACGUGGACGAUCAUCAUGGGUGUAAUGGUCAUGAGCUUAAGUUGAACACUAUCUGUAAAAAAAUUUGCAAACUCAUAGAAAAAAAGUUCAUUUUGUUUGAUAACUGACUUAUAGGAAUUUUCACAAAUGCAACACCUGCUACCUUUUGAAAAGUGCAAUGUUCUGCUUUUGAUGUGAAGAUAAGGACGGGUUUAUUGGUGAUUCUUCCAAAUUCUUGAAACCUCUAAAAUGUGGAGAGCUACUGUCAAAGAGAUGCACUCAUAAAUGUAUGUGAACUGUUUCCUAUCGACACGCUGCUCAGUUUUUGCAUUGGGACUCUUGAAAGAAAAAAUGGGAAUCGCCUGUGUCCCGUGUGUUCACAGCUACGUUAAUCUGAAAUUCUGAAGACACUCUGCUGUUGGAGGUUUUCCGUAAAAAUGGGAUGUACUAAACAUUGUGUAUCCAAAUCAGUCUCUCCAAAGUAGAAACAGGGAAGAGCUCCUUCUUGUUCUGAGCCAUGCAUCUGGUUACAUACCUGUGGAUCUAAUAGCUUUCCCUCAUCAUGUAGUGAACUUGUGUAUUUGGCCUCUGAAGUCUUUCCUUCAACGUACCAACGUGUAGUCGCUCGGCUCUUUGGUGUCCUCUUGACUGAAAUACCUGUUUUGUUUGUUUUUAUCCUUUUUAUUAAAAAAAACAAACAAACAUCUGUCAUAACCAGCUGCCUCGUGGCAUCAGUGAAACUUGAGAUACUUGUAUUUUCCCAUACUUUAUAAAAGGUGUCUUGUUCUCUUGUCCAAAUAAAAUGACAGUGAUGUC